GGACAGGUGGGACCGCAGCAAAUGCGUGGGCACCUGGGGACCCCAGGACAAGCACGCCCAGUAUUUGUGGCACUGUCCCACCAGCACUUCCAGAGGCGCACUUGUUCGGGACAGAAGAAGCUGACGAGACCACGUCAGACGUGAUGUUUGGAGUCUGCCUCUGCCGAGCGGUGCCCUGUGAACACGGUCAGGAGUCUGCUUCUUCUAAGCCCCAGCCUCAGACACAGCCCUGCGUUUGAGACCCAGCGGACAGAGCAGCCGGCAGCUCCUGUCCUGGGGCCUCCUUCCGGCCCCUUCCCAGAGCCUUGCCCACGCCCCGGGAUCACUGGAACCUGCUGGCUCCUAUGAGACCCUCAAAGGCUUCCCAGCACUACAGAAGCACCCGGAGAAAUGCCAGCCAGCUGUACCAGGAGUCCCUGCUGCUCAGCGUCAACGCCGACGAACCAGGGGACAGCAGUGACCCAGAGCAGAUCUUCCAGAACCUACAGUUCCAGAAAGACCUCAUGGCUAACAUCCGCUGCCGACCCUGGACCAUGGGGCAGAAGCUGAGGGCGCUGAGGCAAGCGAAGGAGAUCGUGCUGAAGUUUGAAGGGAGGCUGACCAGGACUCGGGGCUACCAGGCUGCAGGGGCAGAGCUCUGGCGGAAGUUUGCUCGUCUGGCCUGUAACUUCGCGGUGAUCUUCAUCCCCUGGGAGACGCGGAUCAAGAAAAUUGAGAGUCAUUUUGGGUCCGGGGUCGCCUCCUACUUCAUCUUCUUGAGAUGGCUGUUUGGGAUCAACAUCGUGCUCGCGAUCAUGACAGGAGCUUUUAUUGUCGUCCCGGAGCUCGUUGCAGGCCAGCCCUUCGGGAGCACGGCCAGCAAGAGCGUCCCCGAGGCCCAGGUGGCUUCAGCCCGAGACCUGGACACCGUCUGGUCCCUGGGGGGCUACCUCCAGUACUCGGUCCUCUUCUACGGCUACUACGGCCGGGCUCGCCGGAUCGGGAGAGCCGGCUACCGGCUGCCCCUGGCCUACUUCCUGGUGGGCAUGGCCGUGUUCGCUUACAGCUUCAUCAUCCUUUUAAAAAAGAUGGCUAAGAACUCCCGCACCAGCCUCGCCAGCGCCUCCAGCGAAAACUACACCUUCUGCUGGCGGGUGUUCUGCGCCUGGGACUACCUCAUCGGGAACCCAGAGGCCGCGGAGAGCAAGGCCGCUGCCAUCGUGAACAGCAUCAGGGAGGCCAUCCUGGAGGAGCAGGAGAAGAAGAAGAGCAAGAACCUGGCGGUGACCAUCUGCCUGAGGGUGGUCGCCAACAUCCUGGUGGUCCUCUCGCUGGCCGGGAGCAUCUACCUCAUCUACUUCGUGGUGGACCGGUCCCAGAGGCUCGAGCAGUCCCAGAGGGAGCUGACGCUCUGGGAGAAGAACGAGGUGAGCGUGGUGGUCUCCCUGGUGACCAUGCUGGCGCCGUCCGCCUUCGACCUCAUCUCGGCCUUGGAGAGGUACCACCCAAGGACCACACUGCGCUUCCAGCUGGCAAGGGUCCUGGUGCUGUACCUGGGGAACCUCUACAGCCUGAUCAUUGCGCUGCUGGACAAGGUCAACAGCAUGAGCACCGAGGAAGCUGCUGCCAAAACCAAUACCAGCCACUGGCUGGAUGCCACUCCCGUCUUUGCCGGCAGGCCAGUCCCCGCAGGGGGAAAGUGGUCCACGCCGGGGCCGGGGAGAAACAGCACAUGGGCCUUGGCAUCGGCCGGCGUCCUGGCUUCCACCUGGGCCCCCUCCGCGGCCAACCAGACCACCGCCGACGCCCCGCAGGACCAGUGCUGGGAAACCUACGUGGGGCAGGAGAUGCUGAAGCUGUCCAUCAUCGACAUGAUCUUCACCGUGGCCAGCGUCCUGCUCAUCGACUUCUUCCGGGGCCUCUUCGUCCGGUACCUCAGUGACUACUGCUGCUGGGACCUGGAGAGCAAGUUCCCGGAGUACGGGGAGUUCAAGAUCGCGGAGAACGUGCUGCACCUGGUCUACAACCAGGGCAUGAUCUGGAUGGGGUCCUUCUUCUCCCCGUGUCUCCCUGCCUUCAACGUCCUCAAACUGGUUGGGCUCAUGUACCUGAGAAGCUGGGCCGUGCUCACCUGCAACGUGCCCCACCAGCAGGUGUUCCGGGCGUCCAGGUCCAACAACUUCUACCUGGCCACACUGCUGUUCAUGCUCUUCCUCUGCAUGCUGCCCACCAUGUUCGCCGUCGUGCGGUACAGGCCGUCUGCGCACUGCGGGCCCUUCAGCGGACAGGAGAAGAUGUACGACAUCGUUUCAGAAACGAUCGAGAGGGACUUCCCCGCCUGGUUCAGCUCCGUGGCCGGGCACGUCAGCAGCCCCGUGGUGGUCCUGCCCGCAGUGCUGCUGCUCUUCAUGCUCAUCUACUACCUGCAGAGCAUCGCGCGGUCCCUGAAGCUCACCAACCACCAGCUCAAAAUGCAGAUCCAGAAUGCAAGGUCGGAAGAUAAGAGAAAGGUCGCCCAGAAGGCGGGAGCCCGAAUCCAAACCCAGGAGGAAAGCGCCAAGAGGCUUGCAAAGGACAGUGACCUCAGUAGCCAGCUGUCCCUGACUCGCUCGGUGACGCCCCAGAGCAACGGCCACGUGGUCAGUUUCCACUCAUCAAGCAGCAGGAGUGGCAGGGUGGGGACGGUCACCCGGCCCAUGCCCCGGAGUCCCCGGCCCGGGCCCGGCAGCCCCAGCUCGCCCCUUCCUGGCAUCUCCAGACUCCGGCCGGCACGGGACGCCAGCCGGCACCCACGUGGUCCGUGUCCAGGAGACCGUCCCCAGAGCAGACCCCGCCCCCCGGUGACAUUUACACAGCACGUGGAGGACGUUCACUCGGAGCCUCUUCUGCGAAAAGACUCGGGGGUCUCAGCCUUGGCGCCGCCUGCUCCCAGGCCCCGCGCCCCCAGGUACUAUGUCGUUAGUGAGCGUGACUCCCACAGAGCCCACCCAGGACUCUGGCCCGAAGGACACUUCCAGACAGAUGCCUUGGGGGACGGUGUGGAGAGGUGCACCAGGAACGUGCGGCCCUGCGUCGUGUCCUGGGCUGCCCAGCGGGCUCGCCCUGCGCUGCCGAGUGAGGACGAGGAGACACUGCGGGGAGGGCCGAGCUGCCGGCCUCCGCACCCGCGCUCCCAGGCAGACCUGCGCGGGGAGCCUCGCUUUCAUGCUGGCCACAGGGCCGGGAGGCAGACCCCAGCUCCUGAGCACCAGGGGCGGGGACACCCCAAGUCUCGGAAGGACGUUUUGGGCGGCCGCCUCGGCAGGCCAGUGCAGGGGCAGAGGAGGCCGCGCCCCAGGCAUUGCCAACACCUGCCGCACCCCGGGGGGCCCUCGGUCAAGCCCAAGUGCGAGCCGUCCCUCACAGACUCUGAUUCCACGUCGGCGGCGUCCAGCAGCGGCCUGGACCAGUACCUGCAGGUUUCCCACAGACACGGCAGGGCCCCGAGGCGGGUGGGCCGCGUCGGCCGCAGGGAGGCCCCAUGGAGGCAGGAGCUGACCGUGGACCCGACCGACCUGGUCUGUUCCAGCGUCUGACAGGCCCCCUCCCGGCCGCGGGGAGUUCCAGGAGGGCAGCACCCAGCUCGUGAGCCCGGAAAGGACAGAGCUGUCCCUCCCACUCCAGGCCAUCUUCCCUCUCAGGGCUGCACCCUGUUCCCCGUCACCGUGGGGGUCACACAGCCCACCAGCCUGCACCCCUGCACCCCCGUUUCCGUGACAACCCGUCACUCCAGACUGUGCCUUUGCAGUCCCCUUCCCCUCCCCCUGAGGGCCUUGGGGACGGAGAUGGUGUUCACUCCUUUGUCACAGGCACCUGAAAGACACUGUGGAACGUCCUUUUCUAAUAGAGGUGUCCCCGGGAGUUCCAUGACCAGGGUCCCCUACCCACACCCUUGGUUGGGGGUUGUGAUGUCAAGCUCUCGGGGACACUGGACUGGAACGUGCUGGGAAGCUGGGCCCGGUCCCGGCCUGCAGGCGCGCCGUCUGUGCGAGGCGGGGAGGUCGUGAGGGUCGCCCCCACACCCUGCGUGGGACAGUGGGAAGGCCGGGACAGCACCCGUGCUAGCA